AUGUUUUUUCUCCAUACUCACUCGUGUGAGUGUUUCAAAAGCGAACUUGAUCUUUUCACUCUACCGCCUACGCAGAUCAGUAUCGAGAGUUCGCAAUGGAUUCANUACAAACCUUUGUCGACUCUUGCGGACGACGCUCCCAUGGAGUUUGUUGUACCGGGACAUGGUGAAGAUUACAUAGAUCUCGCGCAUACACUUCUCAGUCGUCGCGUGAUAUUGCAAACCCCCGCAGCGGUUACUCCGUCUACUUCGGCUUCUGCUGCUGCAGAACAUAAAGUAGGGCCUGUAAAUAACUUUUUACAUUCCAUGUUCAAUCAAAUUGAUGUGUAUUUCAAUCAAAAGCUUGUGUCGCCUCCGAACAAUGCUUACGCGUAUCGAGCCUAUUUCGAGACAUUGUUGAAUUAUUCUUCAGAAGCAAAAUCCUCUCAUCUCACCACCUGUUUAUGGGAUAGCGAUCCUCCGGGGCUGAUGGAUGAUGGCUUCAAUGCUCCAAAUGAGAACCCCGCUCUCGUGAGACGNAUGCAGUAUUUCAAAAAUAACCGUGCUGUGGAUCUCAUAGUACAUCUACAUUGCGACGUUUUCAAUCAGGAUAAAUUCUUGAUUAAUGGCGUGGAAAUGCGCCUAAGACUCCUCCAAUCGACGGAUUCUUUCUGUCUCAUGGAAUCUACGCCACAGACAAGAGUUCGUAUUGUAGACGCCACCUUGAUCAUGAGGAGAGCAAAACUAAGCGCUGGAGUUUUAUUAGCUCACGCUAAAAUGCUGAGCAAAACCACUGCAAAGUAUCCUCUCACGAGAGUUGAAGUUAAAUCGUUUACAAUCCAUAGAGGAGUGAUGGGGGAAUCAAUUGACAACGCCAUACUCGGACAACUGCCGAAGCUGGUGGUAAUCGGUUUUGUCAAAAAUAAGGCGUUUAACGGCGAUAGGCCCCAGGAGGGGUCCCAGCCAGGAAAGGAGGGGACACCUGAGCGAAAGGAGGAGCCACAGCCAGUGGAACAGCGGGAGAAGCCAGCGCCAGAAGAAGAGUUGGUGGAGAUCCAGCAAGAAGCCGCGAGGAAUGGUGUGGAGAGCAUAGAGACAAUAACGAAACUUUAG